CAAAUAGUGUCAUGUAGACCGCUGUGUACCAUAGUUGUAAUUUUAGUAACAGUCAGUGGGUUGCAAGUGUGCAUAUUUGUAGAUGACCAACAAAAGUGCGACUGUGCUGAGUGUCAGUAUACAACCUAGUAUACAUGCUUCAGUACCUACCUAGCUUGCCUAGUAGCGGAUGGGCUGGUUUUCACAGGCCGCUGAUCCACCAAGAACAGCCUGGCCCGUGCGUGCCGUGCUCCAAGGAAACGACUACUCUACAGGCGGGCGCCGGGCGGGCAGAGGAGCCAGAGAGCCUGGGGGCGAGUGCCUUCCUGCCCGCUUUGGACUUAGCAGCCCGGGAGUGUCAGAGAGACCAGGGUCCUUGGCCCCCCGGGGAGAAGAUGCUCUUUGAUCUCCAUCUCCCAUCCCCAUUUCAUGACGCCAUGCGCCGUGGCCCAGCUUCAGAACCCCGGUCUUGACGGUCAAUUUUGAGUUGAGCAACUCCGACCAUCUUUGCUUCCGCCGUCCCCCUCGAUUCCCGCGACAUUGACAGCCGGUCGGGUAACCUCGGCCCUUCCAUCCUCGACUCCCCGUUUUUGGACCCUUCACUGAACAUUGGCAGAGCUUCGUCUGACUCUGUCUACGCGCCGCCCCGACCCGACAGAUCAGCCUUCCUCCUGGACUGCGCAGCCCAGUGUUGCGCUCUACCUCAUCCAAUCUUCCGCCCAAGCCCGACCUCGAGCAGAGCGACCAUCUGUCCGACCCAUCAGCUGGCUACCUCGUUCCCCCUUUCCCUUCGCCUUCACUGUACAAUAGAAUUUAUCGUCAUCGCCAUCGUCAGAAACAACGCUGUCUGUUCCCCCGGCAGUUUGCGCGAUAUCACAUGCUAUGGCGCGCCUCCACAUAACAGCUCUCUUGUCACCCGACCAGGACGAGCAACUAUCCGCUCUACGCACCUUGAAGAAUGAAAUCGUCGGGCACGAUCAGAAGAAGGAGAAGUGGGUCGAACAUGGCAUAAUAGAGCCUGUUGUUAGAAUUUUGGAAUCCAGCAGAUCUGCUCCCAGCAUAAAUGGCAAGGACAGCAGUCGAGGUCGCAUGCCGACGUCGAGGCCUUUGACCAGCGAGGAAUCGGUGCGACUGCAGGCACUCCAAGUUCUUGCCAGCCUUGCCAAUGGUGGCUUUGCUUUUCUGGCUCCAAUACUUGCAGCCGGCGCCCUGUCUGCUAUAUUAUCCAACAUACCUCCAGCCGACAACCCUCCUCGAGUCGUCGUUGCAGCCCUGAGGGCCACUGUCAAUAUUGCUGAGGCGUCGACUCUGGCUCCGCCAACAUCCGCCACAUACAUUGCUGACCUGGCAGGUGUGGCCUUUGUGCCGGUACUCCUAGAUGCCUUUCGCGACAUUUUGACGAGUACCCCCACAAAUCACACCAUACAAACUCAGAAGAAUCUGGCGGCGAAGCUCAUCGGGUUGCUAUGCAGGGAAGAACGAUCCCGGGUCGAUCUGACGAACCACGGAAUCCUGGAUGCAUUGGCGACGAACCUGGCAGCCGUCGUCGUGGCCAGGGGAUUCGUGGUGCCCGGAGCGGAAGCGAUUGCCCAAAGCGAAGGGGUGCUGGACCUGAUCCCCAGCCCAGCUGCGCCGAACACCGAUGUGACCGCCCUCUUCGAAGCAUUAUCCGCCAUAAUAGCUGACUCUCGUUGGAGAGCCUCCGUUCUUGUCUGUGCGCCUGCCCUGGUCGCUGUCUUCCCGCAUCCUGGCUCGCCGCGGCGGUCAAAGGGCAUGAAAGCAUGCGUCAACUCGCUCGAGGUAGCCGGGCUUAGCAGCAUAGCGUCUAAAGAUCUCGGUGCCUUGGACUGCUUCCUUCCUGUGGUGCCCGAAUACCAGGCCAAGGGCACGGCGAUGCCAUCUUACCCACUGAUAGGCUCUCCUCCGCCGAGAGACUAUCUCGCCUUGUCGAAAGCACCGUCUGGGAAAUAUUUCGCGUCGUCUUUCAGCUUGGAUGCGGCGCAGGCUGACACGGGCGGAGCAAAUGCGGAGGGUGUCAUUGAAGAAAUGGAGAAUCCUUUAAUACCAUGGUUGUUGCACACAGUUCGGUCGACCGAGGGCAUGGAGAGGGUCAUGGCUGCGUCAGUGCUCACAUCGCUUCACAGGGCUGGCCUUGCCAAUAAAUCCAGGGAGGCCUAUAUGGGUCACUUGAUCGUGCCAUUACUGCUUCAAACCCUCGAAGACAUCGGUAUCACAUGUGGCACCGCUUCUGAAGCAACCUUUGUUGAUGCCAAGACUGCCACCAAAUGGUCCACCACAGAGCGCUGCUUGGCGAUUUUGGCGAGAUUGAUUGUUGACAGCGAGUUCCUCCAGAAGUGUGCUUUCGAGGGCGACGGCGUGAAAAUCGUCAGCGCUUAUCUCAAGAGUGCCUACGAGCCUCUGGCUAGCAAGUCGUCCAAGGCAUGGAGCCCGAGCGCUGGGCGUGAGGACACGGGCGAGCGCGAAAUCGGGUUACCGACGAGCCGCUUAGGCCCUGGGGGUCAGCUGCCCCUUCAGGUUCAUCGCACGCGCGUAAGGGAAAAUGCUCUGAAAGCGAUUGCUGGAUUGGCAGCAAGCAAGGAUGAAUAUCGCAACGCUCUCGUUGAACAAGACUUGGUACCCUUCAUCGUGGAGUCCCUCUCGCCGAACCCCUCCAACCCCAAGAAUAAGGACCGUCCAAAAUCGCCCAAGAGAGUUACGGUGGAUGGCAGUGGGUAUGAUGCAGCAUAUGGAGUCAACCCUAUCACUGUCAUAGUUGCAGCAUGCCACGCGUUGCGCAUGCUCGCAAGAAGCGUGAGCAUCCUCCGGACCACACUUGAAGAUAACGCGAUCGCGAGUCCGGCAUACCGCCUUCUACGUCAUCCGGACAUCGACAUCCAAAUUGCGGCGUCUGCCCUGAUGUGUAAUCUCGUCAUCGACGUCGCACCAAUGAGAGAGUAUCUCAACGGAGUUAAUGUCAUGAAGAUUCUCUGUGAGCAGACGCGGUCUCAGAACCCGGCUCUGCGUCUGAACGCGCUGUGGGCUCUCAAGAACUGGAUCAAUGGCGUAGGCAUGGAUGCAAAGAAGGAAUGUGUCGAAGAGCUUUCUGCAGGCUGGCUGGUUCACUUAAUCCGCGACGACACGGAGGACGACGCGCUAUACGAGCGAACGACAAAGUCUAGAAAGCAAGCCGCGAACGACAUGGAUGAGGACGUUGAGAUGGCCCAGGCUGGCGAAGAAAGCUCAAAUUCCGGCUCCGCACUACCCGACACGUCGACAUUACUGCCAAUGGAUGAACAGGGCCGGACUCCAAGGCUGCGCCAGCGCGAGCGGAAAAUUGCAGAACUACGCGAGACAGAGUUGAGCCUCACGCGCAAAGUCCGUGAUGACGAUUUAGCGGUGCAGGAGCAGGGACUCCAAUUCGUACGGAAUCUCAUCGGGCCCGCAUCCUCAGCAACUGAUUCAGCUAGAGACCACGCAGACAUGAUCGACUAUCUCUUCACAAUCCUCGGCCAAGAUCGGUUCUUUGAGCUCUUGCACUCAAAGCUACAGCCCAAGCAUCUUCAUCCGUUCGGCCGGCGGUACCCGACCAUCCGGGAACCACGCGUGCUCUAUCCACAAGCUCGCAUUGUCUCAGCAGUCGUUUACAUUCUGGUGCACAUGGCGGCCAGCGUACCCCGGCACCGUCAAGUGCUGAUCUCCCAGACCGAUUUGCUGCGAGACCUUGCGAAGCAGUUUCACAGCAAGGACAAGGAUGUCCGCGUGGCGCUCUGCCACCUCAUGACCAACCUGACAUGGCGCGACGACCCGGACGACGAGGAUAGUAGCCGUCAGCGGGCUGGGGAGUUGAAGAAGCUUGGUCUGCUCACCAAGCUGGAGACUCUCGAGAGCGACGACGAGGAACUGGACGUGAGGGAAAGAGCGAAGGCGGCAAUAUGGCAGAUCAGCCAGCCCAGGAGGGAGUUUUAGAAGUCCUGUCCGGCCACGACACCGGUACCAGCCAUGCAUGGAGAGUUUAUCCGGCCAUUUAGCCCGAGGUGAGUGCUUCACCCCAGGGUAUUCAAUGCAUUUCGGUCUCUCAAAAAUCGGUCACAAAGCGUGGGAUUGAGCGAGUCAUAUUCGCAACUGGGCCUGCGGAGCCUCAGGCAGUUCGAUUUAUCCAUGACUGGUCACGGAGGGCGGUGCUCUCAGUCAUGAGGGUUUGUACAAUUGUAAAGGCUGCUAUAAGAUACUACUGUGACGUGAAGAGUGAAUAUACCCGGGAGGCUUCAGCUUCAAGACGACCGCUCAGACUGCUUUUCUGCAAGGCUCGAACAGUGAGCAGUGGGGUUUGUGGCAUCGAUCCUUAGUGUCUUAUAUGUGCAUGUUUAUAGUGAUCACCGUUACUAUAGCAUAAA